AUGGGCCUGAACUGGACGUUGUUCUAUGAAGUCGCCAGGGGAAUCAACGCCGUUAGAUCCCAUGCCCGAAUCAUCGGUGUCCUCCUCGUAACCCCGAUGACUCAUGCUCGAGUCAACGAAAUGGAUGAAAAGCUCCUGCGAUUUGCUCGCGCAUUUUGCGGCGACGAAUACAUGACUCAGGUCACGGAUGUUACAACCUUUUGGGAGGCACACAAGGAGAAGCAGAAGCAGGGGCUCAAUACAAGGCUUGCGAACCGGCUUGAAAAGGUAAAAGAGUUGUGGUCUGUUCAUAGGCCCCUUCGCCACUAUCAGCAUGGACGGGAGUACGAAGACGGACAAGACAAGGGCGUAUUUCUCGAUUGGGAGGACGAUCGCGACAACAUCGCAGAGCAUGCUAAAGAUAUGGUCCAUCGUCACUAUGGUCAUAUCAAUCCGCGAGACCCUCGUAUUGUCCAGGAUCUGGCAACAGGUCUUCCCCUUGAGCGCACUGCAGCAGGCCAAUUCCUCGGCCUUAUUCCUGCGCGUGCUCCUGACUCCACCUCCAAAUCUAACACCUCAUCUUCCUCAGCUGCUCCAGAACCGAAAGAGCAAGGAUAUUGGGAAUAUGGUCUAGACAUCAUCAGUGCCAUUGCUCGCAACGUCCAUUUCGAGGCAAACAUUGGGCCCAUCGGGGGUGCCUCAGGCAAUCGAACUGGAUCAUCCUUGCCACAAAUACCAAUGGGCCCACGCUACAACGGCCCUAUAGGUGAAUAA